AUGUGGGUCAAGCCGACCGAGCUGCUUCUGAGCAACCCGCUGUGGUCGACGCUCUACCGCAACAAGUUCUACGUGACGCAGAAGCGCCGCGGCUUUGGCUCGACGGGACUGUCUGCGCGGAUUGUCGGGACGCUGGACAGCGUGUUUGUCGAGUCGCGCCCGGCACCGUUCCGCAUCCUGCUCCAGACGGCAGACUCGGACGUCUCCUUUGUCAUUGCCACCGCAGAGACGCAGGAGGAGAUUGAGCAGGACUGGGACUGGCUCAUGCAGCAUCUCUACGAGUCGCUCGCCACAUUCGACGACGUCCGCGACGCCCGCGAGUUUGUCCGCACCAAGCAUUUUCUCGAGUUCGGAAGAGGCGCUUGUGCGUACCGCACGCCGCAAGAGCACGAUCUCAUUGUGCAGGGCAUUCCAGACGGUCUUCGAGCCGAACUCUGGCUUCUCUUCUCUGGAGCCUUGUACGACAUGAACCUUUGUGCGGGUCAAUACCAAGAAUUGUUGCGACGCAACCACGGCAAGCAGUCUCUCGCCACGGAAGAAAUCGAGCGCGACCUGUACCGUUCUCUUCCUGAGCAUCCAGCCUACCAAUCGCCGCGAGGUAUUGCAGCACUUCGCCGCGUUCUCACCGCUUACUCGUGGCGAAAUCCUUCCAUCGGAUACUGCCAAGCAAUGAACAUUGUGACGUCCGUGUUUCUGCUCUACAUGAGCGAGGAGGAGGCGUUCUGGUUGCUCUGUGCCCUCUGUGAAAAGCUGCUUCCUGAUUAUUACUCGACUCGCGUCGUCGGAGCGUUGAUCGACCAAGGGGUCUUUGAGCAGCUCAUGUCGGAACACGUGCCCGAGGUUUUCAACCACCUGUCCGACCUGGGUAUUGUCUCCAUGGUCGGCAUCAGUUGGUUUUUGACUCUCUUCUUGUCACCCAUGAACCACAAGUGCGCGGCACACGUGGUCGACUGCUUCUUGUGGGAAGGCCCAAAGGUCCUGUUCCAAGUCGGUCUCACCGUGUUGCACUUGAACCGCGACGCGCUUUUGGCUGCUCAAGACGACGGGGAGGCCAUGGAUAUUUUGACCGCGUUUAUGAAGGCUGUCGAACUUAGUUCCACUGCUGAUGGGCCCGCGGCCGAGGCUUCUGCAGAGCCGAGUGUCGGUGCCUCCCCCAAGCACUCCCCACAGACGGAGCCGACUGAAGUCGAGGACGACCUGGUAUUGAUCGACAAGCAGCCUAGUUCCUCCGGUGCUGAUGCGGAUGUCGAGGAACCGGAAUCUCCGGGCGAGUUUGUCGAUCGUAUCAAGCCUGUGGCAUCCGUUGUCAACAUUCGCAAGCUCAUCAAAGAGAGCUACGAGCGGUUUGGCUUCUUGUCGUCCAAGAGCGUCGAGUCCUUGCGUAAUGCUCAACGCGUGAAAGUUGUCCAGGGCUUUGAGGAUGCCUCCAAGCGCUCCAUGCUUCGCAGCGUUGAAGGCAUCUCAAAGUUUACCCAAGAACACCUUGAUGUCUUGUAUCGCGACUUCCAAGAAGUUCGCCUUCGUGGAGGUUCGCUGAUUGUGAAUAUGGGUGCAAAUUGGCGCCGUCCUUUGAUCGACAGCAUGCAGUUCCGGACGCUCUUCUUCCGGCAUUCUCCGUGGGGAAAAGGCGUCGAGCGAGCGGCCGUUUCUGACAAAGUGUUUGCCUAUUUGGACGGAGACCGGGAUGGCAAGGUUGACUUUCAGGAAAUUGUGUACUGCCUGGGCAUUCUUUGCUGCUCCGACCUCAACACGCGCUUGGAGUUUCUCUUCCGCAUCAGCGGCGACUUGUCCCUUCCUCGCAAAGCCAUCGUUCCCGUGGUCGCUACGCCCCACGACAAGAACAAGCACUCCGCGCGGUCCAUGUCCACCGCGAGCACCACCAACACUUUGUCACCGACCUCUGCUGGUGCUGCGCCACUGGAUCCGACGACGACCGCAACGCCUCCCGAUGCACUCAGUUCUUCCAGCUCCAUCGAUGCCGCAAGUAGCUCAAGCGACCCGCUGCCGUCUGCUUCGCGCUCCUUCUCGUUUGCUCGCGUGUCCAUGGGCACCGACCUCCGCGACUUUCGCGGGGAAAUGUGGCAACGACUCAGCAUGCUUCAGUUCUUUGGGCUGUGGCGCUUCCUCUACGCCAUCUACCACGGGACCCAGUUUGAGGUCGAGUUCUUCCCCGCCAUCACUGAGGUUGGCAAGAUUGCCAUCACGCUCGGCAAGGAGGAGAUGGCAAUCGAGGCUGCGUCGCGGUCUCGCUCCAACUCGACAAAUCCGGACGCGUCCAGUAGCGAUGGUACGCCUGCAGCAGCUGCAGGCUCGACCCUUGCGGGCUCCCAAACUGCCUUCAGUGCUGUUGUGGGAGACGUCGCUCCCGACAACGAAGAUGGCCUCGGGAACGGCCCCGUGACUUUGCUUCCUGCUGCUGUCGACCCUGGCAUGAUCAAGACCAGCUAUGCGCGCACGACCUCUUCGCUUGCAGCAGCAGCAAACGCUGUGAUUGCGGCGUCGGCGCGAGUCACCCCGUCUGGCCUUGUCAUGACUCUCGAUCUCUUCCGUGCUGCCCUUCUCACUCAACAGUCGCUGAUCAACGCUCUGGAGUCGAGUUUCCUGAUUGAAAAGCAGACAGAGGUCAAGGUCUCCUAG